AUGCCUAGGUUUCAGAUUGCUCUGUCCUAUGGGUCUGAUUCUGUUGCAAGGCUCUUGAUUAAUCAUGGCGCCCUGUCUUCGGCAAUUUUUCCCCCUGAAAUGUGUAGUUGCACAAACAUUCAUAUGGCGGCUGCUAUGGGGCUCACAUCCACUUUGAAAACUUUGAUUAAGCAAGGUGCAGAUGUUGGAGCUCGCGAUCGGUGUCUUCGAACACCAUUACACUACGUUGCCGCAAUACAAAGCCGGAAAUUGCUAGAACAAGCAUGGGUGGUUAUGCUGCUUUUGUCAAACAAUGCAGACCCCAAAACGGAAGAUGCUCAAGGGAGGAGUCCGAUAUCCAUGGGGAAAAAACGAUUCAAUCCCGUCGCCAAAAUGGUAUCAGAGAAAGGCGCUACAAUUGAAGCGUACGAGAUAUCGUUGCGAGAUCGAGAGACCUUCGAGGCGUGGCGCAUAUUGAAGGAAAACCGUGAAGAGACGACGUGGUCCGCAGAGACGAAAGCAAGCCAACCGCUUAUACAAUACGGGAAAGAGCGAAAGUCUAAGAACAGAAAGAAGAGAAUUGCAGCCACAGGGAACCAUACAAUGCGAGAUGAAAUAGUGAAAGGAGAAUUCCAGAAAGUCACUCAGAUACCUGAUAAGAACGCAGCUAAACAAUUCGAAUCUACCACGGUAAAAGCCAAGCAAGAUUUGAUAGAGGAGAAGGAGCGCUUGGGGAAGCAUAGCAUUUUAAGAGAGGCUUGGUCUACGAUGAGGAGAGAGGCUGAUCAGAAGAAUCGUGCGGCCCAUCAACUCAGUUCGUUGCCAAAGGCAGAAUGCGAUCAUGUGCUGGGCCUAUGGAAGUGUUGCUGCCGAGCUGGCAUCCACCUUUCAGAUCAUCAUCGACCGACGAAAAGACAGAGAACGGAUGUCGAUGAGGGUGAGCCCACAGCCGUUCCGAUCUACGCACGACCUGCACAAAGCCAUGUUCGGCCUCCAAAGGCUGGAGGGACCAUAACAGAUGCAAUCAUCCUGCUUGUCCUUGCAUUGGGCGCAGUUCUGCAGGAAGAUAGACUGAUCAGGGGUUCUCUCAACCCUCGCAAUAAAAUUGCCGAGUCAAUCCACUCUCCUUCGACACGAAUGCGAUAUUCACCUGUAACCUCAAUAGGUCUUCGGUCGCCUGUCGAAGACAAGGAUCCAGGCAGCCCAGCACGUUUAAACAAGGAACUCAUGAAUCUGGACGUUAUUCCUGGUCUACACUACUAUGCGUAUGCGUCUAAUAUCCUUGGGAAUCUGUACGGUGGUAACGAAGUUUACCAUGCCCAGGCGUUUCUACUAGCGAGCCUCUACAUGAACCAACUUGGUCGUGGCUUAGAGAGCUAUAGCUGGAUUAAUGCUGCAGCCCGGGUUAUUAGGUUCAACCUUAGAAUAAAUCACGUAUAUGUGAAGCCUGACCCUACGGACCCUUCUAAAUAUAAUCGCCAGCAGCAUCCCGAUAAUCUACCUCCUGGUGAGGUAGCCAAGUUUAAAAUCAAGAUGAAUCUCCUCAAGUUCGUAUAUUGGUCAGCAGUACAGCUUGAAAGUGAUAUCCUUGCAUAUUUGCCACUACCAACAAGUCAUAUAACACUUUGGGAAGAUCGAGUUGCCUAUCCGAAAGAUCAACCAGUGUCUGGCGAAACGGGACAAGUCGAUAACCAGCGUGACAUUAUCAUAGUGUUGUUUUUGGCACAGAUACAGUUCCGUAAGAUACUCAACCAGGUCCCUAUGCAUCUAUCCACCUUAUGGGACCAUCCACCAGACAGCUUCCCAGCUGGCGUCUACGAGCCUCCAUUCGGUAGAGAGGCGUCAACAGGCAUACCUUCGUUUCUCAAUUGGCUAUAUAACUGGCGAAACGUGAGUAAAGCGAUGGGCGUGGAUUGGGAUGAUUAUGACGAUCCUUCCCCCGAUCCGAAUAUUGCUAGGCUACGAGCGAAAUACUAUGGAGCAGAAACAAUCAUUACUCGACCAUACCUACACUACGUAUACCAUUGCCCAGAAGCCGACCGAGAUGUACUUAAACGAGCAUGGACUUACAUCAGAUCUCGAAAGGAGAGCUGGACGGCUUCAAAGCUCCGGGAAGCGGAAUGGGGAAACUCACUUGAAGAUCUUCUUGAGAGUGAUCCAACUCAGUCUCGGGAUGGCAUUAGUACCAAAGCCAUCAGGAGCAUGCUGCUUAGUCAUGCUUGUAUGUGGUCCUCGAUCCGGAGUACGAAAGCUUUCGACGGUAUUCGAACACGUCUAAAGGUAACGAAUAUUUUUGGCACAAUCCAUGCUCAAUUCGGAAAUUGCUUGGUUCUUGCACAGUGCUGCGAGUCUGUAUGGUUUAAAGACCUUGAAGGGUUUGCCCCGAUCCAUGAAGUCCCCGAACUCCUUGAAGAAACAAUGCACAAAUGCAAAACAUACUCAAACCUCGCACCAGCUCUUGUCAAAGAUUAUCAGAUUUUACGCCAAGCUUCAGAUAGCAUCAGAGGAUUGAGAGCAUCCAGCACGUAUUAG